CUUUCCUGCAGAGAUGGGAGCCAGCGGGGUGUUGAAAAUAGUAUUAAAGGUGGAGUUCCAUUGCCUCAAAUGCAAGGUCCUCGUGAUGAAAACUAUAUCUACACUGAUGGGGAUCGACAAGAUAGAGAUCGAUGCCGAGAAAAGCACGGUGACUGUUACCGGCGAGGUUGAUCCGGUGGCAGUAGUCAAGCAAGUCAGGAAGAUCAAGAAGAUGGUGGAGAUAGUGACAGUGGGACCGCCACCGAAGCCGGAGCCGAAGCCGGAGCCGAAGCCCGACCCCAAGCCUUGCGAUCUCCCCACCUGUUGCCGGAGCUGCGAGCACAUCUCCGUCACGGUUGAACGAUACGGAGGAUGCACCAUCAUGUGA